AUGCCUGAUCUUUCAGAAGCUUGGGACGCCCAAGAUGACUGGACCGGGGUCACUAACUCUACUGAGCGAAGGCGACGACAAAAUCGCAUUGGGCAGAGACUUUAUCGCCGAAGGAAACAUCUAAAAAAGUUUGCUGCUACUGUUUCAAACCCUUCGCAGGAAAUCAAUUCUGUCGCCUCAGGGGUAGCCGAGGACAGUUCAAGCAAGAGCGAAGAACUUCCGGUCGUAGUACGCACUCAACCAGAACCACUUAACGUUGUCAACUAUGCAGAGGGGUUUAUGCUCGUUCUCUGCCCCCAGAAUCGCGAGAAGGCCAUUGAAUUCGUGCAAAGAUUCUUUGCAGACUUUAGAUUGGGAGUAUACAAACCCGGCGACCUAUGGAUAACCAUACAUCUAAAUGUCCUCAGUGCCUGGUGUCACAAUGCACUGGCACUAGCUAUCCCAUUCGAGGAUCUCGAAAGCGACGAUAGCAUCUCACCGUUUAAUUUUCACCACCCAAUACCACCAGGUACCGUUGCGCGAACAUCAUCAGUCCCUGUUAAUCUUCAUCCUACAUGGUUACAAAAAACCAUGGUUCACCAUCCAUGGGUCGAUUUGAUCCCUGUUCCCCAAAUGAGGGAUAACAUUCUCUGUGGAUUGGAAACUGGUCUGUUCGACGAAGACGAGUUAUGUCGCGAGCUGGCAGGUGCGGAAAACAAUGAUGGGGACAUGCAAUUAUCAUUUCUAGUUUGGGGAGAAGCAUGGGAUAUUAAGAGCUGGGAAUUGAGUGCUGGUUUCUUUAGUAGAUGGAAGUUUUUGGUGCAAGGAUGUCCUGAGAUUUUGGAGACCACCAAUUUCUGGCGCGAAAAACGGGGCGAGCCAAGAAUUGAGAUGAUUGAAGAUAUCUAA